UCUCUUCCCAUCAUAUUCUCAUAUAUAAAUCCCUAAAUCUACCCGCAAUACACACAUAUCAGCACACAGAAUUUCUCUAUCUAAACCUGUGAUCACCAAAAUCAGUACGGUUUCGUGUUCGCUCUCUAGAUUUUUUAUUUAAAUUUUUUUGUGGGUUUUCUGUUUCAUUGUUAAAGUUUGAUUCUACCCUCCAUUGAAUAAAUUAUUGACACACCCACCAAGAGUUAUACAGUACUUGCUUACAAACACAGUACACCUGUCAGUGUGUGUUUCUUGAUCUUUUGAGUAGAAAUAAUCUGCUUCAUAAUAUGGAUCUGAAAGAAGAGAAGACAUUAGAUGCAGAGGAGAAGAACCCAUCAACCCAGAUUAAAACUUGCAGUUCAUGCCACACUACAAAAACUCCCCUUUGGAGAGGUGGCCCAUCUGGCCCUAAGUCAUUGUGCAAUGCUUGUGGAAUAAAGUACAACAAGAAGAGGAGGCAGCAUCUAGGAUUGGAAACUGCACGAACCGGAAAGAAAAAGAAAAGGAGCAACAUCAAUAAAAGCAAUGAAAUUAAAGAGAUUUUGAAAAUGCGAUUUAUGGCAUUGGGAAGUGAAGUGAUGUUACAGAGAACAGGAAAACUGAUGAGCAAAUUGAGAGAAGAAGAGCAAGCGGCCAUACUGUUGAUGAGUCUAUCCUGUGGAUCUGUCUCCGCUUAGUGCAGUUCGAAUAGAAGUCGUGUUUAUGAUGGCAGAAUUUCUAGCAAUUGGGAAAUUUGAAAGCCAUAGACAAAUUUUUAGUACCCUAAAUACCCCCCGCCCUCCCGCUCCCACCCCAAAUCUGGUUGUCUUUUUAAUUGAUUAUGUUAACCCUACUCUUUUUUGUGUAUGAUUUUAUUUAUUAAUAGUAUUAAUGUAGUAAUGACUAACAAUGAUUGUUUAAUAGUGUUUUUGGGUGACA